GCAGAGGAGGAGCUGCCUUCAGUGGCCCCAGAAGAAACUUCCCUGUCAGUUGAGAGUGUGAGAACAACUUGGAGUGCAGCACGCAGUCAGUCUCGGAGCAUCGCUUGAAAACCCAAACCACUAGAGCACCCUAAGCAUCUUUAUCCUGUGGAUUGUUGGUUCAUCACAAAACUGGCGGAUUGUGGAGUUUCCAUUUUGUGCACAAAAGAUGGAUUUGCUGCUUGUUGGAGAACCUGGAGAUUGCUCAUUAAUGGAAAGUGUCACUAUUUCGGAAGUGAGAGGAGAACCUUUUCUUAGUGUGAAACAGUGAAAGACGACUCUGCAGGUAUGAACUCCACGGGAGACACAGAGAAGAGAUUUCCACCGCCCACCAUUCCGGUGAUUAUGUUUAUUUUCGGGGUGGUGGGAAACGUCAUUGCCAUAGUGGUUCUGAGAAUAUCACGGAAGGAACAAAAGGAGACUACUUUUUACACACUUGUAUGUGGCCUGGCGGUGACAGACCUCCUGGGCACCCUGCUGGCAAGCCCUGUCACCAUCGCAACCUACAUGAAGCGCUCCUGGCCGGGAGGUGAUCCGCUGUGCCAGUACUCCGGCUUCAUCCUCCUCUUUUUCUUCUUGGUCCAGCUCAGUAUUGUGUUUGCAAUGUCAGUGGAGAGAUACUUGGCAAUAAACCAUGCGUAUUUUUACAACGAGUACGUCAACCAAAAACUCGCCGCGCUGACUCUUUUGGGCAUUUACAUUUCCAACAUCGUGUUUUGCGCGCUGCCCGGCAUGGGGUUCGGCGAGGUGAAGCUCCAGGACUCGGGGACCUGGUGUUUCAUCGACUGGCAGACCAAUUACACAACAGUCGCGACUUUUAAUUUGAUGUACGCGGGCGUGAAUUCAGCCAUUGUGUUGGCCACUGUCAUAUGCAACGUGAUGGUGUGCGGGGCUCUGAUCCUGAUGCACAAGCGGUAUAUCCGCCGCACAUCUUUGGGCACAGACCAGCGGCGCAUCGCGGAGCUCAGGCGCAGACGGAGUUUCGGACGAUUAGCUGGCGCAGAGAUCCAGAUGGUGAUCCUGCUUAUAGCAACCUCCGCUGUGGUUCUCAUCUGCUCCAUACCUUUAGUGUGGAGGAUCUUUGUGAAUCAGCUGUACAGAAACCAGAAAGACCCUUUAGACCUGCUGGCAAUCCGCAUGGCCUCUGUCAACCCCAUCUUAGACCCUUGGAUCUACAUCCUGCUCAGAAAGACAGUGGUCCUCAAGCUGAUGGAGAAAAUCAAGUGUCUGUUCUGCAAAAUGGGCGGAAGGGGACGAAGGAACGGCGGGCAGUUCCACUGUGCCGACGGCCACUUCUCUUCCUCCAUCAUCUCCAGGGACUCACCCUCACUGGUUUCACGUGAGCUUCGGGAAAUGAUGAACACCUCCCAGACCUUCCUGUACCCAUCUGAGGGACACACCGGGAGGCUGGGGUCAUUUCAAGCGGGGACGCAGGGCGGCUCCAGGCCAUCGACUGUACAGACGUUACAGGACCCCCAGGAGGUCGAGGGGCCUCAGACGGGGCUUUCACAGAGUGAUUUAGAGGACACAGCGCCGGGCAGGCUAAUGAAAGAGCUUCCAUUGUGCCCAAAGGACCCUGCCCUACAUGUAACCUUCACAGAUGAGGCUGAAAACAUACAGGAGAAAUGUAUAUGACAGUCAGCGUGAUUUCGAAAAGCUGUCAUCACUGUAAUAAAAACGCCUCAGGACUGAAGAUAGGAACUAAUGAGAGCAAAAACGUGAUAAUGAGUAAUGGAAAAGCGUGAAGACUGAACUAUCAUCAUCAAUCUAUAGAUAUUUAGUGGAGAGCAAAUAAAAAGACAUUUGACAGAAAUUACGGAACUACAUAGCCAUUAUCAAUAUAUUACUCCUCAGUCAUAACUUAACACAAACACCAUAUCACAAAAUACACUUCAGUACAAUCACAACAGUUAUAUCAUCAAAACACAGAGAACAACAUGACGUAGAGGAGCUCCUGUGUUGCACUUUUUGAACUCUGAAACCACUUCUAGGCUGUUAGUAAUGCUUGUUUUGUAGCAUUGCACAAUGACUGUAAAGAAUUCAUGUUAAAAUGUGAAAAGUUAUGUGUUAUGUUAAUAGUUAUGUUAAUUUAUUAAGUAUGAAACUGUACGUUAUCAUCUUCUCUGUGAGAAGGUCCAGAUAGUUUGGAGCCAUUUUAAAUCGGUACAAGAUGAAUAUGUUCUCUCUCGUUUUUCUUUUCUUUUUUUUUUGUAUGUAGGAACAUUUGCAGACAAUUUGGUCAAACUGUUUGACAGAACAUCAAAGCUACAAUUCCCUACAUUUCAUAACAAACGGCAGCUAUACUAUUGGCUUUUCCACAAUACAGACACUGGAGGAUUUUAGGAGGCCUCCUAAAGUAAUGUGUUAAUAAAAAAACAUUAAUUUGCUUUUUAAGGAUUAAUCCAAUUACAUAUUAUUUGCAUCUAAAUGGGGAAUUAAGAAGGGGAAGGAGAACUGAAGACAUUAUUCAGUUCGUGUCUGAUGAGUUUAAAGGUUUUUGCCUUUUCUAACAAUGGAUUUCCUGGUGUAACACAGCAUUAAUGCUAUUGUUGCUAUAAAGGUUGAUAUAAAAACCAUUAUAUAUUUCAAGACUAAUGUUGUACCAACUGUGAAUAUGGUAAAUAUUCAUAUAAAUAAAGAACAUGCAUCACUC